ACUGAUUUAGUCAAAUUCGCCCAUUUCCGGUGCCAAAUCGCGUGUGAAUUGUGAAAUUUCGUUGAUUUAACCCAGUUAGGGGUGUUUGUGUGUGAUAAAACCCCCGAUUAGUGGCGUUUUGGCCGUUUCCGGGAUUGUAGAUGUCGCUGGUAUCCAAAAUGGCCGUUUUUGCUGUCAACUGUCAAAACGUUGAAUAAGAGAAAAGAAAAGCUACGUCAUUCAAGACCGAUCGUUAGCUUGUGCUCGUGUUAAAUUGUGUUAAAAUAGUAAAAAACUCGAUUUUUUCGUCUAGUGUAGCUUUGGAAGUUUGAAUAAUGGCUGAGGGUAAAAGUCCUGACGACUUGGCGACUGCGAUUUUGCGUCGCAAGGACCGCCCCAACAGACUCCUCGUCGAGGAGGCCACCAACGAUGACAACUCCGUCGUGGCGCUCUCCCAGGCCAAAAUGGACGAGUUGAUGUUGUUUCGCGGGGACACAGUCCUAUUGAAGGGCAAGAGGCGGAAAGAGACCGUUUGCAUAGUCUUGGCCGAUGAAAAUUGUCCCGAUGAGAAGAUCCGGAUGAACAGAAUCGUCAGGAAUAAUCUGCGAGUGAGGCUCUCUGACGUCGUAUGGAUCCAGCCUUGUCCCGACGUGAAAUACGGGAAACGGAUCCAUGUUUUGCCCAUUGAUGACACGGUGGAGGGACUUGUCGGAAAUCUAUUUGAAGUGUACUUAAAACCAUACUUCUUGGAAGCUUACCGACCAAUCCACAAAGGUGACGUCUUCAUCGUUCGUGGUGGAAUGCGAGCUGUUGAAUUCAAAGUGGUGGAAACGGAACCAUCACCAUAUUGCAUUGUCGCCCCAGAUACUGUCAUUCAUUGUGACGGUGAUCCAAUCAAACGAGAAGAGGAGGAAGAAGCUUUGAACGCCGUCGGUUACGACGACAUCGGCGGCUGUCGCAAACAACUCGCACAAAUCAAAGAAAUGGUCGAAUUACCCCUACGCCACCCCUCACUUUUCAAAGCAAUUGGGGUAAAACCCCCACGUGGAAUCCUCCUAUACGGUCCCCCAGGUACCGGGAAAACCCUAAUUGCACGUGCCGUGGCCAACGAAACCGGUGCAUUCUUCUUUUUAAUCAAUGGUCCCGAAAUAAUGAGUAAAUUAGCCGGUGAAUCAGAAAGUAAUCUACGAAAAGCCUUCGAAGAAGCUGAUAAAAAUUCCCCAGCUAUAAUUUUCAUCGAUGAAUUGGAUGCAAUUGCACCAAAACGUGAAAAAACCCAUGGUGAAGUCGAACGACGUAUUGUUUCACAAUUAUUAACAUUGAUGGAUGGUAUGAAGAAAAGUUCUCAUGUUAUUGUUAUGGCGGCCACAAAUCGUCCUAAUAGUAUCGAUCCGGCCCUGCGUCGUUUCGGUCGUUUUGAUCGUGAAAUUGAUAUUGGUAUCCCUGAUGCGACUGGACGUCUUGAAGUCCUGAGGAUUCACACAAAAAAUAUGAAACUUGCCGAUGAUGUUGAUUUGGAACAAAUCGCUGCUGAGACUCAUGGUCAUGUGGGUGCCGAUUUGGCAUCGCUGUGUUCGGAAGCGGCGUUGCAACAAAUCCGUGAAAAAAUGGAUUUGAUUGAUUUGGAUGAUGAUCAAGUUGAUGCUGAAGUAUUGAAUUCGUUGGCUGUUAGUAUGGAGAAUUUCCGUUAUGCAAUGACGAAAUCAUCGCCGAGUGCAUUAAGAGAGACUGUUGUUGAAGUACCAAAUAUAACAUGGGAUGAUAUUGGUGGUUUACAAAAUGUUAAAAAAGAAUUACAAGAAUUGGUACAGUAUCCAGUUGAGCAUCCUGAUAAGUUUUUGAAAUUUGGUAUGCAACCAUCACGUGGUGUAUUGUUUUAUGGACCACCUGGUUGUGGGAAAACAUUGUUGGCGAAAGCUAUUGCUAAUGAAUGUCAAGCGAAUUUUAUUUCGGUUAAAGGACCGGAAUUGUUGACGAUGUGGUUUGGGGAGUCGGAGGCCAAUGUUAGGGAUAUUUUCGAUAAGGCCAGAUCUGCCGCUCCUUGCGUCCUCUUCUUCGACGAAUUGGAUUCGAUUGCAAAAUCACGUGGUGGUAACCUAGGGGACGCCGGAGGCGCCGCCGAUCGUGUCAUAAACCAAAUUUUGACCGAAAUGGAUGGAAUGGGAGCAAAAAAGAACGUAUUUAUUAUCGGAGCAACAAAUAGACCUGACAUUAUUGAUCCUGCAAUUUUGCGUCCUGGCCGUCUCGAUCAAUUGAUUUACAUCCCACUUCCCGAUGAGAAAUCACGUGAGGCGAUUUUCAAAGCAAAUCUGCGUAAAUCCCCCGUUGCAAAAGACGUCGAUUUGACAUAUAUUGCAAAAGUGACACAUGGAUUCUCAGGUGCCGAUUUGACUGAAAUAUGUCAAAGGGCGUGUAAAUUAGCCAUUCGUCAAAGUAUCGAAACUGAGAUACGAAGGGAGCGCGAAAGGGCCAUGAAUCCGAAUAGUGCAAUGGAUUUGGAUGAGGAUGAUCCUGUCCCGGAGAUAACUCGCGCCCAUUUCGAGGAGGCGAUGAGAUUUGCUCGAAGAUCAGUCUCGGAUAACGACAUCAGGAAGUACGAGAUGUUUGCACAGACUUUGCAACAGUCACGUGGUUUUGGUACCAACUUCCGGUUCCCGUCGGGGACGGGGGGCUCGGCUGCGCCGGGGGGGACAGGAGGUGACCAGGGCAACUUCCAAGAUGAUCCUGAAGACGAUUUAUACAGUUAAAUGUUCAGGCUCAAUGUGCACUCUUUUUUUUUAUUUGUAUUGUCAGUUUGAGUUCAUUUGUGAAAUAGUUUUCAAUUAAUAAUUAAUAAAAAAGGAUUCUGUAAUGAAGGGAGUUUCUUUGAGUUGAAAUAAAGUUUUGGUGGGUUAUGA